CACCAUUGAGUUGCACCAUGGAGGUUUUUUUGCUGGGUGCGGUCAUCUUAGGUCUUAUGUUGAUGAAAAAAUUGACUGGUUUGACUGGAUUGAUUGUGAUACAUGGUCUGCCUUAUGGUUUGAGGAUAUGUUUGAACAACUGGGCUACGAUAGUGUGACAGACAUUAAGUUUUAUUGGUUGUUUACCAGGGAAAGAUCUUAGUGAUGGGCUGAGGGUAAUUGCAACAGAUGAAGAUACUAAUGUAAUGGUCAGUGUAGUUCGCAAGGUGAGAAAUCUGGUUGUGUAUGUUGAUCAUAUAGGCAGUAUGAACAGUGUUGACUGGGAUGACUAUGUUGCUAAUCCUGUUAAUUAGUUGCCUAAGGUUUUAAGUCCACAGAAAGUUGUGUAUGAGAAAAACCCAGCACAAAAGAGUAGACCAAGCUGGACCAGGCCAACAACCUGAUGGAGAUGAACAGCAAGAAUCUGAUGGAGAUGAACAACAAGAACCUGAUGGAGAUGAACAGCAGGAAUUGUUUGACAGUGACUAUGAUCUUAGUGAUGGAGAUGAUGACUUAUUAGAGGAUGCUGUUAACUUGGAUAUGCCAAAGGUUAGAGGCAACAAGAAGGCAAAGCGAAGCCAUUUGAAGGCUAUUGAGAUCAGAGUACCUACUGCAGUAGAUGAUGAUGCAGACACAGAGGAUGAUGCCCUGGAUCUUCCUGAGUCUGAUGGUGAAGGAGAAGAGAGAAUGAGAUUCAAUUCUUGGAACCAAGAGGACAUGAACAACCCAGCUUUCUCUGUUGGGCUUGUCUUUCCUUCAGUUGAGAGUGUGAGGAAAGCAAUUACAGAGUACUCUGUUAGGAACAGAGUGGAAAUCAAGCUUCCUAGGAAUGAUAAGAAAAGAGUAAGGGCUCACUGUACAGAUGGUUGCCCCUGGAAUCUAUAUGCAUCUUGGGAUAGCAGAGUGAAUUCUUUUGUGGUGAAGACAUAUUAUGGAAAACAUAAAUGCCAGAAAGAGUGGGUUCUGAGGAGAUGCACCUCUAGAUGGCUGGCAGACAAGUACAUAGAUUCUUUCAGAGCCAAUGAGAAGAUGAGCGUUACUAGUUUUGGUAGAGUCAUUCAAAAGGACUGGAAUUUGACACCUUCAAGGAGCAAGGUAGCUAGAGCAAGAAGACUGAUCAUGAAAGUCAUCCAUGGUGAUGAGAUCAAGCAGUAUGACUAUCUCUGGGAUUAUGCACAAGAGAUCAGGAGGAGCAAUCCUGGCAGCUCACUGUAUCUGAACUUAGCAGGAAAUCUGUUUAGUACUUGCUUCAUUGCUUUGGAUGCUUGUAAAAGGGGGUUUUUGGCUGGUUGCAGACCCCUCAUAUGUAUUGAUGGAUGCCAUAUCAAGACAAAAUUUGGAGGCAAACUGUUGACAGCAGUGGGAAUGGACCCAAAUGAUUGCAUUUUCCCAAUAGCAAUGGCUGUUGUCGAGGUGGAGUCAUUUGUUUCUUGGGAGUGGUUAUUAGAGACAUUGAAAUCUGAACUUGGGAUAGAUAACACAUACCCUUGGACCAUAAUGACUAAUAAGCAGAAGGGACUAAUUCCAGCUGUCAAGAAGGUAUUCCCUGACACAGAGCAUAGGUUCUGUGUGAGACACCUGUACUCUAACUUUCAAGAAAAGUUCAAAGGCGAGAUUAGGCACCUAAAUGCCCGUUUUGUGAGUUAGGGGACCGGCUUGACACAGCUGCGCAAGUUAAGGGACCGCCAGUGCACUUUACUCUAAUUAAAAAUAAACUUCUAUUUACUCCUGCUCCCACUUUUUUUAUAUGCUUAGUUAUUUUCUAUGAAGAAAUGAAUUGAAACUAA